ACCCCGCGUUUUCCUUAGUGCCGGAGCUGGGAGCUAAAAUGGCGGCCGCCGACGGAGAUGACUCGCUCUACCCCAUCGCGGUGCUGAUCGAUGAGCUGCGCAACGAGGACGUCCAGCUACGGCUCAACAGCAUCAAGAAACUCUCCACCAUUGCCUUGGCCCUCGGUGUGGAGAGGACCCGCAGUGAGCUCCUGCCUUUCCUCACAGACACGAUUUACGAUGAGGACGAGGUGCUGCUGGCUCUGGCUGAACAGCUGGGGACCUUCACCGCUCUGGUUGGGGGACCCGAAUAUGUGCACUGCUUACUGCCCCCCCUGGAGAGCCUGGCGACGGUGGAGGAGACAGUGGUGCGAGACAAGGCGGUGGAGUCACUGCGCGCCAUCUCCCAUGAGCACUCGCCCUCGGACCUGGAGGGACACUUCGUGCCCCUGGUGAAGCGCCUGGCGGGAGGUGACUGGUUCACUUCCCGCACCUCGGCCUGUGGCCUCUUCAGCGUCUGCUACCCUCGCGUGUCCAGCUCGGUCAAGGCAGAGCUCCGGCAGUACUUCCGGAACCUGUGCUCCGACGACACCCCCAUGGUGAGGAGGGCGGCAGCCUCCAAGCUGGGCGAGUUCGCUAAGGUCCUGGAGCUGGAGCAUGUGAAGGGCGAGAUUAUCCCCAUGUUCUCCAACCUGGCCUCCGAUGAGCAGGACUCUGUGCGCUUGCUGGCGGUGGAGGCUUGCGUCAAUAUCGCUCAGCUCCUGCCCCAGGAGGACCUGGAGUCCUUGGUGAUGCCCACGCUACGGCAAGCGGCAGAGGACAAAUCAUGGCGGGUCCGGUACAUGGUGGCUGAUAAGUUCACAGAGCUCCAGAAAGCCGUCGGGCCUGAAAUCACCAAGACCGACCUGGUGCCGGCUUUCCAGAACCUCAUGAAGGACUGCGAGGCCGAGGUGCGGGCUGCUGCCUCCCACAAGGUCAAAGAGUUCUGUGAGAACCUGUCAGCCGACUGCCGUGAGAACGUCAUCAUGACCCAGAUACUGCCCUGCAUCAAGGAGCUGGUGUCAGACGCCAAUCAGCACGUCAAGUCGGCGCUGGCCUCUGUCAUCAUGGGGCUGUCACCCAUCCUGGGCAAGGACAACACCAUCGAGCACCUGCUGCCGCUCUUCCUGGCCCAGCUCAAGGACGAGUGCCCUGAGGUUCGGCUCAACAUCAUCUCGAACUUGGACUGCGUCAACGAGGUGAUCGGCAUCCGGCAGCUCUCGCAGUCGCUGCUGCCGGCCAUCGUGGAGCUGGCCGAGGAUGCCAAGUGGCGCGUCAGGCUGGCCAUCAUCGAGUACAUGCCCCUGUUGGCCGGGCAGCUGGGGGUGGAGUUCUUUGACGAGAAGCUGAAUUCCUUGUGCAUGGCUUGGCUGGUGGAUCAUGUCUACGCCAUCCGGGAGGCAGCCACUAGCAACCUGAAGAAGCUGGUGGAGAAAUUUGGCAAAGACUGGGCCCACGCCACCAUCAUCCCCAAAGUGCUGGCCAUGUCGAAUGACCCCAACUACCUGCACCGCAUGACCACGCUCUUCUGCAUCAAUGUGCUCUCGGAGGUGUGCGGGCAGGAGAUCACCACCAAACACAUGCUGCCCACUGUGCUGCGCAUGGCGGGCGAUGCCGUGGCCAACGUCCGCUUCAACGUAGCCAAGUCUCUGCAGAAAAUAGGACCAAUCCUGGACAACAGCACCCUGCAGAAUGAGGUGAAGCCCGUGCUGGAGAAGCUCACGCAGGACCAGGAUGUUGACGUGAAAUACUUCGCACAGGAGGCCCUGACCGUGCUGGCGCUGGCCUGACCCCGAGGAUGUGCCCUGUCGUCUCCUUGACCUUCAGCUGCCGUUGGCCCCUCGGUCCCCGGCCCCUCCCCAAGCCUCUGUGCAUGUGUAUGAACCCCUGUUGGGUAGGGGUGCCCAACAGCCCAAUACAGACCCCCCCACAUUCCAAUCAGCCCCUUGGGCAUCAGCUCACCAGGGCAUCACUGCCCUUCCCCCUCCGACAGUCCCUCUCCCAUCUGGUCACUCACCCGGGGCACAGCACUCGGUCCCCCAGUAUCCUCCCCACACUCAAACACUGCAGUUUGGGGGGCGCCUCAUUGCUCCUGGAGUCCCCCAUCCCUGCGGUGUCUCCCCCUCUGGAUGGCUCGUCGUGUCCCUUCUCGGCAGCUUCGCCCCUCCAGUCCCUGCCCAGCUUGUGAGGGGCACAGGAGGAGAUAGGGGCAGGGUCGCUUUCAGCUGGUUUUGUGCACUGUGUCCCUGCUCUCCUCCUCCUUCAUCCAUC